CGUUCUAUUCAAUUUGAAAGUGGAAUUGUUUACAGUCUGUUGUUGUCAGUCGGUGAAGAAAGUUGAAAGGUAGAAGGACUCAAGUCUAAGUUGUCGCCGGAGCAUAGUCCACACUAACUGAAAUGUCUGACGAGGAAAGUAAUAAAACCAAAAAUCUCUAUUCACAUGAAGCGAAACUCAUUAACAAAUCGCAACGGGAAUUGACCGAUGGUACUGAAAAGGACCCAUUAACCAAAUUGCGUUUAUUAUGCUUUAGUCGUGGAGCAACUGGCAUCUCAGGCCUUGGCAGGGCUUUUCGCAACAUGGACGAUGACGGCAGCAAGGCAUUGAACGAAGAGGAAUUCGUCAAAGGUAUACGUGAUUUUGGUCUUGACUUGAGUACCGCAGAAUUGCAAGAGCUGUUCCACCAGUUCGACGAGGAUGGCAGUGGCUCCAUCAAUAUGACAGAGUUCCUGUUAAAGUUACGGCCACCCAUGCCGCAGUGCCGUCUAGACAUCAUUGAUCAAGCCUUUGAAAAAAUGGAUGCAGAUAACGAUGGUGUCAUUACAGUGAAUGACUUGAAAAAUGUUUACUCAGUGAAGGAGCAUCCCAAGUACCAAACAGGCGAAAUGUCUGAAGAUGAAUUACUUACGGAGUACUUGAAUAAUUUCGAAGGAGGACGUGGCAAUAAUGAUGGUGUAAUAACCAAGGAGGAGUUUAUAAAUUACUAUGCCACAAUAAGUGCAUCCAUUGAUAACAACAUGUACUUCGACUUGAUGAUGCGGCGCGCCUUUGCCCUGUGA